CCCAGGUGACGCGGCACACCUUUACCUGCCCACGCGCGCUCAUAAACAGAUGCAGCCUGAAAAGGAAUGCGGAAGUCUCGCGUGGAUCGGAGAUAUUGAUUAUCAGAAUAAUCGUGAUUGGCUGAUUGAUGGGUGGACUAAGAGAGACGGACACCCGGAGACAUGUUUGCUCACUCCAACAAAGACGAAACAUCCAAGAUGUUCUACAAGAGCUCUCAGGAGAACGUUGAGCUGUGGAACAGACGAAAGGACAGUUACAGCUCUGAGCCUUUACUUCAUUCCACGCCCGUCCAGAGGACAUUUGAUUACAUCCUGGUGGCUCAGAAAAUAGACGAUGACUCUGACCAGAGAGCUCAGAGACAGAGAGCAUUCAUCCAGCAGCUGCAGAAGAAGAACAUCACCGUAACAGAGCUCUCUCAUGAUGAUAAGAUUUUCUUUGGACUUCGUGCUCCUCGUGAGAUGUUCGAGGACUACCAGUACCUGCUCAAGGUGUCUGACUCCUGCAAUUGGUGUGGAGACGUGAAGGGGGCUCUCCACCAGGCAACCAGAAUCAGAAUCAUCCAUUUCAUUCUUCAUCAUACCUUCAUCAACAAUGGUGAGAACCUGGAGGAGCUGUUGAAGAAGGAUGUGUUUGAGACAACGUUCUGUCUCCAUGAGAGAAAGAAGCAGAAAUACCUGCAGAAGAAAUGGGCUCGAUGGACAGGCCUGUUUGCAGAACAACCAGUCAAUGAAGUCAAGUCUUACUUUGGAGAGAAGGUGGCGCUGUACUACCUGUGGCUGGGCUGGUACACUAAGCUGUUGGUUCCUGCUGCUGCUCUGGGUAUGGUGGUGUUUUUGUAUGGACUUGCCUUCUUCAACACCAACCCCCUCAUUAAAGAGGUGUGUAACUCCAGUGUGAUUAUGUGUCCCCGCUGUGAUAAGAGGUGUUCAGUAUGGAAGCUGUCUGACACUUGUACCUACGCUAAGGUCAGCCAUCUGUUUGAUAAUGAGGGAACUGUCGCUUUCGCCAUGUUCAUGGCUAUCUGGGCCACUCUGUUCCUGGAGCUAUGGAAGAGGCACAGAGCCCGCCAUGUGUGUCGGUGGAAGGUGUACGACUGGUGUGAGGAGGAGGAGGAGCUAAUUCUGGACAUUGUCAAUGAUCCAAACUGUGAACCGAAACAGUUUAAGCACUCCUACCUGCGCAGCGUCUUGGUCCUCACCAUGGUGACAAUGAUGCUGUCCCUGAUCAUAGGCCUGGCUCAAGCCUUGGUGGUGUUUCGGGUGGUUGCGGCCCCGCUGUUGUCAGAGGGCAGCUGGGAGUUUAUCAGAGAUCAUGCUAACACGGUGGCGAUGAUGCUGGGAGCCGUGCUGCACUACGUCACCAUUCAGAUCAUGACCCGGGUGAACAGAUGGAUCUCCCUCAAACUCUGUGAAAUAGAGAAGACAAACUCGUUUGCUGCCACUGAGAGGAGCUUCACUGUAAAGAUGUUCACCUUCCAGUUCUUCACUCUAUUCUCCUCACUCUUCUAUGUGGCCUUCUUCCUGGGCAGAAUAAAUGGACGCCCAGGAAACUAUGUGCGAAUCGCCAGAUGGAGACUGGAAGAGUGCCAUCCCAGUGGUUGUCUGACGGACCUUUUUAUCCAGAUGGCGGUCAUCAUGCUGCUCAAACAGACGCUUAAUAACAUCUUUGAAUUCACAGUGCCUUGGCUGAAGAGUUGUGUGAGUAGGAACAACGUAAAGAAGCUGCAGAGGAAGUGUGGUAACUGCUACAGGAAAGCAUGCAGAGAUGAGCUGGGGCGGGUUGAACCAUGCGAUAUCUGCAAACUCAGGGAUUGGCUGCGUAACUACCACCUGGCAGACACUGAUGCCUUCAGCCUGUUCAAUGAGUUCCUGGAGAUGGUGGUCCAGUUCAGUUUCACCACCAUAUUUGUGGCUGCGUUCCCCCUUGCCCCCCUGCUGGCUCUCAUCAACAACAUUUUUGAGAUCCGCCUAGACGCCAUCAAGAUGGUCCGGCUGGAACGGCGACUUGUUCCCCGGAAGACCAACGACAUCGGUGUGUGGACAAAGGUGUUGGAGGCUAUAGGUGUGUUAGCUGUGAUUGCUAACGGUCUGGUCAUCGGCGUGACGUCAGACUUCAUCCCUCGACUUGUCUAUCGUUACCUUUACGGCCCAUGUGCCACCGGCAGUGCACACACUCACUGCAUGGAGGGCUACAUUAAUGACACCCUGUCCACAGUGUUCGUGUCUCACUCAGAGGUUGAGAAGGACUUCCUCCCAGAUCAGAUGGUCACAGAGAAUGGCUUCAACGUGACGCAGUGCAGCUACAGAGACUACAGAAGUGAUGAAGACUACUCUCUGACCUCUCAGUUCUGGUUGGUCCUUGCUGUACGCUUUGCCUUCGUCAUCCUGUUUGAGCAUGUUGUGGUGGUAUGUAAGUUCAUAGCUGCCUGGUUCGUCCCCAACAAUCCGAUGCAUGUUAAAAACGAUCGGCUGCGUGACAAACUGACUCGCCUCAAAGAUGAGCUGCGUGAAAUGAAACGCAGUAAAUCCACAGACGUCUGACCUCAGAUCAGCUGAUGACCUCUGACCUGCUGUUUACCCAUAACCUGCUGAUGCCCUCCGACCUUCUGAUGGCUUCGGAUCAGCUGAUGUUGAGUCCCUGCUGUCCCUCCCAGUGACGAUUAACUCGUCUUCUUUUGUUUUUAUUAUUUAUAUUUGCUGUCUGUGACCAUGAGGCUGUGUGUAGUCGUCUGUACUGCUGUGUGUGUUUGAUAGGACGCACACAGGCUCAUGGGAUGUGUUUUAUUAAAGUGUUUGAAAUGA